AUGUUAACUGCGUUAGUUGAGAAGGCAUUUGUUCGGGUUCUCCGUGGAGAGAUAACGGAUGAAGAAGCUGCUGAUCAGAUUGCUGAUUCACUUUGUGCUGAUUCUUUAACCAAUAACUUACAGAAUAUCUAUGGUGCUGAAAUUCAGCGUAAUGUUAACAAUGAAGGAAAGAUGGAUAUUUCUGCUAAUUUGCAGCCACAGUCAUGUCAACAGCAUCAACAGCAGCCGAAAGUCCUAGGUACUAUAACUUUGGGUGAUUUGCACCCUGCGCAAAUCGCACAGUUUCAGCAAGCGUUUGCAGAAGCCAGUAAAGGAUUAGCUUCUUCAGUUGUUUUCAAUGUACCAGUGCAAAAGACUGAUAGUCAGGAAGAAUAUUUUACAGAUGAAGACAAGGAGAGAUGUGCUCUUCUUCAUGAAUUAUUAUCUGGUCGACGCCCGUUAAUAUUGCAUCCUUAUGUAUUUCUUCUAAACCGACGGUUUAAAUGGACUGAUAUCGCUGUUCCCGUUACCGAGACUGAUAAGUUUCGUGUUUAUCGGCUGAACCAAGCACGUAAUUCGCGGUGUUAUUACCGUUGUUCAGGUUGUGAGACUAUGGCAAAGGAGCCCGGCGAUCCAAUUGCCCAAAUAAAACUUGCUGAAGGUCAUUUGGUAGGUGAUGUUAAUCCACCCCACAAUUUAAAAUGCGAAUUGUUUACAUUUUCCAAUAUUGUCAACCGACAGUUUGACAGAGAAGCUCGUCUUGAUGUUUACAACGGAAUUAUGAACCCAAAAGAGGCUUGGAAUAGAGGGCGUUUACGAGCUCUGAGAGCGGAAAGUUUAGCGCCUAAAGGUUUAUUAAAUGCAGAUGAAUAUCCUACAUGGGAUACCAUGAACAAAGUUAUCAUGAAACUGUGGAGAAGUGCCAAGCGGGCACACGACGCUGGUAUCGAAGGUAUUGAUCGAGUUGGUAGUAAAGACUGGUGGCGUAAUAUCCCACCACCAUCUGCUACACGGAGAAGUGCAAAGAAAAAAAAUUAUGACACCACAAAUUAUAGUUUCCGAACGGAAGGAAGUGGUGAACUUGAAGAGCUUGAUGAUGAUGAUGGCGAUCAAUCUUGCAUUUCAAUGGCUGCUAGUGGUGAAAAUGGAUGUCUUGAACUGUUGGAUGUGGUUAGCGAAAGCGAAAUUUAUACUACCGAUCAAGAACCAGCUCCUUCUGUUUCCUUCGAAGGAGAUAAUAUUAUGCCAGAGCCACCCGAACAAAUUUCAUUGUUUUCGAAUAGAUCUGAUCCAGGUAAAUGCAUGUUACACCAGGACAAUCACAUCAGCUUAUCUGCAUUACCUAGUGAUGGUGAUGAAAAAACACCAGACGCUUUUGCGCGUGACGGUGAGGAAAACAGUGAUGUACAGUAUUACCUACUACAAGACUAUGAUGAUGAUGACGAUGAUGAUGAUGAUAAUGACGACGAUGAUGAUGACGAUGAUGAUAAUGAUGGCGGCGAUGAUGACGAUGAUGAUGGAGGCGAAGAUAGAGAUAGAAACGGCGAUGAUGAAGAUGACAAUGAUAAUGAUGUAGAUGUAGAUAAUGUCGAUCAAGUCACUGUUGACAAUGCUGAUGAUGAAGUGAUGCGAGAGUACAAUGACGUUCUAACCGAAGUGGAUCGGCUUGAGCGAAAAGCCAUUGCGGCAACUGAAGGAAUGACAGAGCAUCGAAGAAUGGGCGGAGGUCAUAUAGUGGAACAGCGACAACAUGAUGAAUCGUAUGAACUACGACGAAAUAUUCAGCAGGUGCCAUUGCAUGAGCAUGUCGUAGCGCGGUCUCAACAAGUCAACAGUACCGUCUUUGCAAAUCGCAAACUGUUUGCAGCAAUUGAGAGUUUGACACGUACACUGAAUACAGAUCAUUCACGACAAUUUCAUCAGGAAAUGUUGAAAACAGCAGUGGAAUUGUCGAACAGUUAUGCUGCGCAGCAACGGCAACGAUAUGCUGCAGAAACGGUAACAUUACGACGCAAUGCAACCGUUGAGCGUCGUAACGUGGCUGAAGUAUCUAGGCAGCACAGUGAUUAUGAAGAGGAUGAAAAGUCGUUUGGUAAAAUAACAGGGAGGCGACAAGCAAGUGCAACACCGUUGCGAACAUGGGCAUUCAAAAAAGGAUCAAAAUUCGAGUAG